UCAGCCCAACGGCUCUCAAACCAAAAAAUGUUAGAUACAUGGCUCCGCCACAGUUGACGCAGCCAUAGGAUCCUUUUGACUCACCGCUUUAGUCGGUUUCCAAUUCACUUGCUGUUUACAAUUUUUACCCUUACUUUCACUUGCUUUUCGUACAAUUUUUACCUUUACUGUUUACUUUCAAUAGGCCGCUAUAGGUUAACCAUGAGAGACUCGUGGUUAAGUAUAUAUCAGGCUCAAGGAGGUUAGGUAGGUCAACACGAAUCUCUUCCACUGGUCCAUUUAUUUUGCCAUACACUAGUUAAAAUAAAAAAAAGAGCCUCAAAACCCGGGUACCAUCUUGAUCCGAACUAACCGCACGUGUAACACGUGUCAAUCAUCACAGCCGUUAGAUGAUUCUCACUUCGCAUAAGGUUCUUCAUUCGUGUCACAGACUCACACAUAAACCCAAACACACGCAUGGCCACACGCGUGAAACCCUAGAUUUCUCAACUCCCCCUUUCUCUCCUUCCUCCUCCUUCUGCACACGCGAAUCUCUUCUCAGACCACCGGAAUCCCCCACCGGAACCCUAGAAACUCUGACACUACCACUCCCUCUUCACCACCUCGCAUCGUCGAACCUCUCAGAGAUCUCCUGCCCCGAUUUCACCCAAUAGUUUCAUUUUUCAGCCGCCAGGAAAAAGAGAUCUGGUAAAAGGUCAAUUUUAGGGUUUUUAUUAAUGGGAUUUUCUUUAAUCCGUCCAAUUUUUUGAGAAAUUCCAAGUUUAAUUUCAUAAAUUAUUGAUUGAAUUCGUUAAUGGCACAACAACACGAGAAAUUCGGUCCGUUUGGAGUAGUUACACCAAUGGAACACCACCACGAAGAUGCAGAAGAAGAGGAAGAUGAAGAAGAUGUUGAGAUGAGAGACGAAGCAGAAGAAGAAAGAAACGGAAAUUCAAAUAAUAAUACUCCGUCGACACCAACAACGGCGGGUGGCGGAAUAAGGAGGAGUAGACCAAAAGAAGAAAAAGAAAGAACGAAAUUAAGAGAAAGACAUAGAAGAGCAAUAACAGCAAAGAUAUUAACAGGAUUAAGAAGACAUGGUAAUUAUAAUCUAAGAGUAAGAGCUGAUAUUAAUGAUGUUAUUGCUUCUCUUGCUAGAGAAGCUGGUUGGGUUGUUCUUCCUGAUGGUACCACUUUCCCAUCUGCUUCUUCCUCUUCUCAGGCAACAAAACCAGUAACAACAGUAACAAAUGCAGCAGCAUUAAUGAUUACUAGUAAUCAAAUGGGUGGUGGUGGUACAGCACCAGUAACACCGAGUAUUAUUGGUGUUAGAAAUUUGGUUGAUCAUCGAUCAGCUGGUCGAAUGAAGACUGUUUUUGUACCGAGUAAUGUUGAUGUUAGUACAAGUAGAAGUAGUACAAUUGCUAAUGCGGUGGUGGGUGAUCAAGCGGGAGAGAAAGUCAAUGAUGAUUCUCCGGCUCUUAUUGAUGGUUGUAUGGAGGUGGUGGAUGUUAAGGAUAUGAAUCCUGAUGGGAUAAUGGAUAUAACAACAAACUUUCAGGAAAGGGAUUUUGCCAGCAGCCCGUAUGUUCCAGUUUAUGUGAUGCUACCUCUGGGCAUCAUCAAUUCGAAGUCCGAACUGGUUGAUCCAGAUGGUUUGUUAAAACAGCUGAGGACCUUAAAAUCGAUUAAUGUUGAUGGUGUGAUGGUUGAUUGCUGGUGGGGUAUUGUAGAGGCACAUGCUCCACAAGAGUACAACUGGUAUGGUUAUAAAAGACUCUUUCAACUUGUGCGUGAUCUCAACUUAAAGUUGCAGGUAGUAUUGUCAUUCCAUGAGUGUGGAGGCAAUGUUGGAGAUGAUGUCUGCAUCCCUUUGCCUCACUGGGUAGCAGAAGUUGGUCGCAACAAUCCUGACAUUUUCUUUACGGAUAAGGAGGGAAGGCGGAACCCUGAAUGUCUUUCUUGGGGGAUAGACAAGGAGCGUGUUUUGAGAGGCCGGACAGCUGUUGAGGUAUAUUUUGAUUACAUGAGAAGCUUCCGUGUAGAAUUUGAUGAAUUCUUUCAACAAGGAGUAAUUUCUGAAAUUGAAGUUGGAUUGGGACCAUGUGGGGAGCUGCGCUACCCAUCGUACCCUGUAAAGCACGGAUGGAGAUACCCAGGCAUUGGGGAAUUCCAGUGUUAUGACAAGUACCUGAUGAAGAACUUGACAAAUGCAGCAGAGGCAAGAGGCCACUCUUUUUGGGCUCAUGGACCAGAAAAUGCAGGUUGUUACACUUCACAACCACAUGAGACCGGGUUCUUUUGCGAUGGAGGUGACUAUGAUAGCUACUAUGGACGAUUCUUCCUCAACUGGUAUUCACAAAUAUUGAUUGAGCAUGCUGAUCGUGUACUGUCUUUGGCCAAGUUGGCCUUUGAAGGAACCAGUAUAGCUGUAAAGUUGUCAGGAGUCCACUGGUGGUAUAAGACGGCAAGCCAUGCUGCUGAGUUGACUGCUGGGUUUUAUAACUCAUGCAAUCGUGAUGGAUAUUCAGCAAUUGCGGCAAUGUUAAAGAAACAUGAGGCUGCACUAAACUUCACGUGUGUCGAACUUCGUACUUUAGAUCAAGCAGAAGACUUCCCAGAAGCACUUGCAGACCCAGAGGGUUUGGUUUGGCAGGUACUGAAUGCUGCAUGGGAUGCUUCCAUUCCUGUGGCCAGUGAGAACGCUCUUGUUUGCUAUGACCGUGAAGGGUACAACAAGAUACUAGAAAAUGCCAAGCCAUUAAAUGAUCCAGAUGGAAGACACUUGGUCGCAUUCACAUACCUUCGGCUGUCAUCUUAUCUUAUGGAGGAGCCAAACUUUGAGGAAUUUGCACACUUUGUGAAGAAGAUGCAUGGUACGACAUCCAUCUGACUAUCUCUAUGUUUCGUUGUUACACUGUAUAAUGUCACCACUUAGUUCUGCAAAAGAACUUCUUUCUUUCGUUUUCCCUUUUAUUUCAGAUUUUGUUCAUGCUUAAUUUUAGCUGUCUUGUUGAGUUGCUAGAAAGAAAAAUGUAGUGUGAAAGAUAGAGAAGUAGAGAAAAAGAGGAAGAAUUCUUAUUGAAUAUGUAAAAUAAACUAAGAUUACGGCCUCAAUUUAUAUGGCUAGACACAAGGGCAUCUCGGUAAUAAACGAGAUUUGCCCUAGAUAUUAUUAGUUAAUAUAUACACGUUUAUUACA